AUGUCUUUGCCGCCACCUAGCCAUCUUGAGACGAGCUGGUUCCGCCCAGCUGCCAACGAUUCCGCAUCGCAGCAAUACCUCAUCACAGUGAAAGCCACCGAGGACGGCCACCGCAGCUUCCGAAAUAAGGUGAAGCAGAUGCUAGGAGGCACACUCCCGAAACAUCGUGUCACGACCAAAGACGAACUGCUCGACCAGCUUCAUCUGCUGACUCCAGAAGAGCUCAGCGAUAUCGCACACGGCGGGAUGCGAUCCGCAGAACAGCAGAAGCAAGCGUACACGGACGAUCGAAAACAUGGUCCGAAGAAAGUGGGUGCAGCGGCCCAACGCUUCUUCAAGAGCUUCGCCGACUUCAUCGAAGCGUACAGCGGCGUGGCACACCUAGUCCGAAGCGCAGGAGCUCCGUACGGCGAAGCUGCAUUUGAGACCCUUUCUCUCCUUCUCAUCGUCGUCGACAACAAGGCGACCAACGACAUCAUAAUCAGCGAUCUGAUGCAGGAAUUGGCCACGGCGUUUCCCAGACUGGAUGUCUUGAUGGACGUGUACCCUUCUCCGAAUCUCCGGAAAUGCGUCGCGACGGUCUACGUCAGCGUGAUCAAAUUUGCACGGGAGGCGACGGAGUACUUUGCGAGUUUCGGCAACCGGCUGUUCGGCGCAUUCGCCAAACCUCCCGCGAUCGGACUCGAAGCCAUCGCCCGCGCGAUUCAAGACGAGCUGGCGGAAGUCAACAGCGAAGCCAUGAUCCAGCUACACGCCCGUAACAAGAAGAUCCUCCAGCAGGUUGAGGCGUUGGAAGAGCAGAACUUGAGUCUGUCAAACAGCGUCAACAGUCUGCGAGCAUCGUCUGAGCGGGUGGAGGAUGGCAACGUCCGACUGGAAGCGCAGAAUGCGACGCUGCGGCAGGCGUUGAGGUCGAUGACGCUCAAGGCUGAUAUGCAAGCUGAAGCUGAUCAACAUGACCGGCUGGAAGACAUGGCGAAUGCGCUCGGAUUGGAAGGCCAGCCGGAUAAGUGGCCGGAGACUGAUCCGGAUGGUGUCUUCGAGAGUCUGAUGCAAGUGUUCCCUGGAUGCUCAGGGCUGCCGUCCAAUUCGGCGGGAAAAUCUGCUCGGACGACUUUUGCAUGUUCUACGGGUGCCAUCCAAAGCCUUUCACCGCAGGAAUUGCUGACCACGACAUCUUGA